AUGGACGUUACACAGCUACAUCAGGUUUCUAUGCCCAAGACCUUUGCCUUCACGUUUACGCCGACCCUGGCACUCCCACCAGAAAUCAAUACCCAAAGGAGUACUUCAUCCCCACGCACUACAGCGGACGACGAUACAACGCGCCCUGGAGGCACGCCACCCGCCAUCAAUCUGUCUAGCAAACCCCACGCGCAAGCGUACAACGAAGAAGCGCCUCGCCCGCAAGCAUCCCACAGCCCUGCCCGACCAAGUGACGAUAUGAUCAACACCAUACAACGAAUUGUCAACGAGAGCCUCGGUCCAUCUCUUUCAGCCAUCAGUGAAGAACGCAACAUGCUUGAACGCUGGCUCAUUCAGCAUGUCAACGUUCGCAUCGAAAUCCUACGCGGUUCAUCCACGGAAAACCUUGAGAAACGCUUGAAUGAUCUGAAUGGCCACAUACAACAGAGCUUGGAGGCACACGACGGUCAUAUUGGGAAUCUGAACAACUGUGUCUGCGAGAUUCAACGCACGCAGGGCGAAUUCUCUACCAAAACAGAAGUACACGCUACGCAGCAAAAGUUGCGGAAUGAAAUCAAUAACGAAAGUCUACGCGCCCAGAACGAGGCCGCGUCCAUCCGUAAUAGUCUCGAUGACGUACUUGCUCGACUGUUAACGAUAGAGAGCGCCCACUCUGAGCUCAAAUCGCUUCACACCAACCUCAGAACACAGCACAACAAACUCAAAUCCGAGCACGCAGAACUCAAGACGCAGCAUGACGGCCUUCGAUCGCAGCUCAACAACCUUCAGACGGAACAUGAUGACCUUGAAGUCCGAUACGACGACCUUGAGACGCAGCACAACGAGUUUCAGACGCGCUCCGAAGCAACAACUGCACAGCAGGCCGAAGCUCUAAACAAAGCAACCUCUCAUCUACAGCACGCCCAGUCGACGAUCGUAUCGCUACAGGCGAUGGUGUCACGGCAAGAUAGCAUGCUCAAUACUAUGAAAGUCGACGUGGCGGAAGCAACAAGGCGGGCCAACUUCGCGAUAUACCACGUACAGCGUUGGGUAGAUGGUGAGAUGCGCGCGCAACAGACGGCCGAGGAAGAGCGUCAACGGGAGAUGGAAGCGGAGAGACAGCGUCAAGAGGCAGAAGAUGCCCGCUUGCGGGAAGAGGCGAGGAAGGCACAUGAUCAGGCACGGAAAGAGCAGCAAGAGAGAAAUCAACGCGAGGCGCAAGAGGAGAAGGCUCGUGCACGCCAGGAGAGAGAGAAGCGCGAGAAGGAGCAGGAAGAGCGGGCGGAGCGUGAGCGGGAAAGGGAGAAGCGAAGGAACGGCGAUCAUAACAUCCUCUCCCGCUGGGCGCUCUACGAUGCUCCUCUCGCCGAGAGCCUCACCUUCAACACCAUCAUAUGGCCUGUGCUCAUCGCGCCUGUCGAUCCCGAUGAUCUCACUUUGAGUGCCAUACGCGACUUCCUGUUCUCCAAGGCGCACUCAGAGAAGAAGGACAACAAGCAGCGGUUAUGGGACGCGUUCAAGCGAUGGCAUUCGGACAAGUGUGCUACGGUCAAAGCACGCGUGCCCGAUGAGGAGAAGCCGCUCAUCGAUGAAGCGUUCCACGUCAUUUCGAUUCACUUGAACGAGUUGAAUGCGCAGAUGAAGGCGGAUGGCACGACUGCUUAG